AUGAAUAAUCCAACUUCUUCUCUUGUUCUUUUAUUUUUCUUGUUAAUAUUCACUUGUUUUUGUCAAAUAACCGCAAAAGCGGACGAUGCCCAGGCUAAGCUUUACAUCGUCUGCUUGGGUCACAAGCCACACGAUGACCAUGAACUUAUCACUGAUUCACAUCAUGACAUUUUAGGUCAAGUGGCUGGGAGCAAGGAAGAAGCCAAAAAACUGAUGUUAUAUAGCUAUAGACAUGGCUUCUCUGGGUUUGCUGCUAAGCUCACUGCUUCUCAGGCCAAACAAAUUGGAGAAUUACCUGGUGUGGUCCGAGUUAUACAAAAUCGUGUUUACGAGACUCAAACAUCAAGGAGUUGGGAUUUUUUGGGUCUUUCUAAGAAUAACCCCAACAAUCUUCUGAACAAAACAAACUAGGGUGAUGGAAUAAUCAUUGGCGUUCUAGAUUCAGGUAUACGGGGAGAUUCGGAAGCAUUUAACGAUGAGGGACUAGGUCCGAUUCCAUCUCGAUGGAAAGGUAAAUGCAUAUCUGAAGGAAACUUCGAUGCCACAAAACAUUGUAACAGAAAGAUCAUUGGAGCUCGUUGGUACAUAAAGGGAUUGAUGGAAGAAAGGAAACUAAACGAGACAAUGGCCAGGCAAUUAUAUAAUUUAUCAUCAUUAGAUAACACUGGACAUGGUACACAUGUUGCCUACACAGCUGCUGGUUCUUAUGUUAACAAUCUUGAAUACUAUGGCCUUAACAUGGGGACAACACGAGGAGGAGCACCACUUGCACGAUUAGCUAUUUAUAAGGUAUCCUGGAAAAACGCGAAAGGUGUGCCAUUUUCUAGUGGUGCUGAUAUUCUUUCUGCUAUUGAUGAUGCCAUAAGAGACGGGGUUGAUAUAUUAUCAGCAUCUCUUGCUGGUGGUCCUUUAACCUUAGCUGAAGUUCAUGCCGAUAGUAUAUUGGGCAUAGGAUCUUUUCAUGCAGUAUCCCAUGGCAUACCUGUUGUUGCUGCUGGAGGAAAUAGUGGACCUAACUCAAACACUAUCGCCAAUACUUCUCCGUGGCUUAUAACGGUUGCUGCUAGCAACGAGGAUACACAAAUUGUUACUCCUUUAACACUUGGCAACAACAAGACAAUACUAGGUCAAGGACUUAUUAAAGGGAAGGGAAGGAGUGACUUUGCUCCUUUGGUCUUUCCUGGCCUUAUUACAAAUCCUAAAGACGUCAUGUCUAUUGCCAAUGAAGUGAAAGGAAAAGUUGUCAUGCUUUUCUCGGAAACCAAACCGGAUAUUGUUGGAUACUUGAUAGCACUAAAUAAUACAGGAGUUUCGGCUUUUAUUUAUGCUAUGCCCCCUCUUGCUGGAAUCGAAGACUUCAAUCAAAUUGUUGGUAUCCCUAUACCAUUUAUUGCCAUCGAUUUCGAGCAAGGAAACCAAAUUGUUGAUUAUUUUAUAAAUUGUAAAUCCAAUAACCAAGAUCCUAUAAUUAAAUUGGGCCGAUCUGAAGUUCUUGAGGGUAAGAAGACAAUCCUAAAGGUGCCUAAGUUCUCAUCGAGAGGCCCAAAUUCCUUUACCCCAGAAAUUCUGAAGCCGGAUGUUGCUGCUCCUGGUGUAAAUGUACUCGCAGCAUUUAUUCCUCGUUCUGGAGACAAUGGAUUCAAACUUCAGUCAGGAACAUCUAUGGCAACCCCUCAUGUCUCAGGGAUUAUUGCACUCCUCAAAGUCGCACAUCCUAAUUGGUCUCCUGCAGCUAUCAAAUCCGCACUUGUAACUACUGCAUGGAACGAGGACACAUAUACAUCUGAAAUCUUUUCAGAAGGAGCAGGAGACAAACUAGCUGAUCCAUUUGAUUUCGGAGGUGGAAUUUGUAAUCCGAAUGGAGCAACAGAUCCUGGCUUAGUCUAUGACAUGGAUAAAGAUGAUUAUUUGAAUUAUCUUUGUAGCUUAGGUUAUAGUAAUGAGAUGGUUUAUAAUGCAACUACAUAUUUAUCCUCUAGCAAAAAUUCAACUGCAGCAGGAGGCAUUGUAUGUCCGAUAAAAGUCCCCUCUAGGUUGGAUUUGAAUCUCCCUUCAAUAUCUAUUCCAAACCUCAAGAACUCAGUUACUGUCAAGAGAACUGUUACAAAUGUUGGAAAUGUCAACUCCAUAUACAAAGUAUUGGUGAAACCUCCGAGAAAUACUGCUAUUAAAGUAAGUCCACAUGUCUUGACAAAGAAGAUUUCUUUUGAGGUCAAAAUCACAUCUACUCACCAAAGUAGUACUAAAUUUACCUUUGGAAGUUUGGCGUGGAGUGAUGGCAAGCAUUUUGUUAGAAUUCCUAUUGCAGUGAGAACAUCUUAUCUGAAACCAUAUUUAAAGGAGGCUGGCAAUACUGUGGAUGCUAAUCGAGAUGAAGAUAGUGGAUUUGAAGAGGUGGAUGAGUACGAGGAAUGCAAUUCAACAGAUGAGGAAGAACUUGUCAAGGCUUUUGGUCCUGGCUCUUCCUGGAACAGAGAGCCAUUUUUCGAAGCUACACAAAUUGAGCAGCAUAGAAGAACAUUGGGUUUGGAGAAGUGUAGGGCUAAUGUUAAUGGUAAAAUUUGGUUGUUUUGGUCUGCUGAGUUUGAGGCAACUGUCAUAGCAAAUGAUCAUCAACUGGAUGGACGACCACCAGUCUCAUCAGUUGGUACAUCUAGAAACCGAGGACUCGGUCGAGGCCGUGGUAGGGGCAGGGGUGUAGCCCGCACAACAGUUAGGGCAGCACCUGCGGAUCCACCAACCGGCCCAGUUCAUGAUCAGGUCCCAGUUGCCGACGCUCCAGGAGUACCAACUCAGGCACCGGCGGUCUCAGUUACUACGGCCGCAACUACUUCUCAACCUGGGGGAGGCACCCAGACUCCCGCCGCUCGCACACCUGCCCAAGUCCUGCAGGGACUUCAGACACCGGGGGCGCCUCGACCCCGACCGGUUACAGCUACUCAGUACUAUGUAGCUCCUAUUAUGCUAGAGGACGAGUAG